UUCCCUCUUUACUCUCACUCUCUGUCUGUCUCACAUAAAUACACACACAAAUCAGAACAAAUACACACAUUCUGCGGCCUCCCAGGUGGGUAAACAGUGUGUUGCUGUACUUUGGAGUGGUGGAUCAGCCUGCAGUUUGAGGCAGACAGACGACAGACAACGACAAGAUGGCCAGAGUUUGUUUCCUGGCCCUCAUCGCUGGAUUACUGUUGGAGACGUGUGGAGUGGCAGCUGAGAUCACAGAGGAAAACACAGGAUCUGUGUUUUUAUCUCAGCAGUCAGCUCACACCGUGCUGCGUCGCCAGCGGAGGUACAACAGUGGCAAACUGGAAGAAGUGCUUUACAAGGCCAACCUGGAGCGGGAGUGUAGAGAGGAAGUCUGCAACAUGGAGGAGGCCAGGGAGUGGUUUGAGAAUGAUGAGAAAACGAUGGAGUUCUGGGCCGGAUACAUUGAUGGGAACCAGUGUGAUCCACCUCCCUGCCAAAAUGGAGGUGUGUGUACAGAUGGUGUUAAUUCAUAUGUUUGUUGGUGCAAACAAGCAUAUAGUGGGAAAAACUGUGAGAUCGAGGUCGCCAAACAGUGUUCAUUCAACAACGGUGGAUGUUCUCAUUUCUGUGUGAUGAGGGGAGACCAAGCCAUGUGCCAGUGUGCAUACGGAUACAGACUUCUUCCAGACAGGAAAAGCUGCGAGCCCACAGGACAAUUCAGCUGUGGUUCAACGAACGACUCCGCCUUCUCCACCUCCACCUCUGCCUCCACCUCCACCGGCAGGUCCAUCAUAAUCCCUCGGUCAUCAAGGCCAACAAAUGCCUCUGAAAGAAUACACAACUCUAGUGACGCCCUGCAGGAUGAAAUCUAUGAUAGCAAUGCAACAUACUUAUACGACUACUACGAGCUGGCUCGGAAUGAUUCAGAUCCAUACAGUGACUUUGAUGUUCCUGCAGUGGAUGUGCGUUCAGCAAAAUCUGAUCCUAUUACGUAUGAUGGGGCAGCAGUCAGUGUCACUGACAUCCCCACAGAGAGAGAGGAAAUACCUGCCUGGGCUUUUCCUACACUUCCCACCAUCGUAGCAACGGGUAAUGUUGACCAGAAGAUUGUAGGGGGAACUGAGGCCAUUCGUGGAGAGUUCCCAUGGCAGGUAGCACUGAUGUCUCGCUCACAUCCUCAGCACAGAGCUCUGCCUUUCUGUGGAGGAUCUCUACUCACUGAAGUGUGGGUCAUUACAGCUGCCCACUGUCUGACAGAGCUCAACAACGCUAAGAAAGGUUUCUUCGUCAGACUGGGUGAGCAUGAUGUGCUCCGUGACGAGGGUCCUGAACGAGACUAUAUGGUGGAAGAGCAGCACGUCCACCCUCUGUACAACCAUGAGAAGUCCUUGUACAACCAUGACAUUGCACUUCUGAAGUUGGCCAGUCCAGUGGAACUGUCCAGAGAGCGGCGUCCCAUCUGUCUGGGCCCCAAAGACUUCACGGAGAACCUGCUGAGGGACGCGUCCACCUCCAUGGUGAGUGGCUGGGGACGGUUGAAGUUCCAGGGCCCUGAAGCCACCAAGCUCCAGAAACUGGCAGUUCCCUACGUUGAUCGAACCACGUGUAAACAAAGUAGCCGGGAACAAGUGACUCGUUAUAUGUUCUGUGCAGGCUAUCGAACCCAGCAGAUGGAUUCAUGCCAGGGGGACAGUGGGGGGCCACAUGCCACAGAAUACAAAGGCACCUGGUUCCUGACAGGCAUUGUCAGCUGGGGGGAGGAGUGCGCAAUGGAUGGAAAAUAUGGCAUCUACACGCGUGUGUCUCGGUACUACCCGUGGAUCAGUCAUAAAACAGGGAUUCGGGUUGAUAACUGACAUAUGGAGUCAGUUGAAAGAAUAAAAAAAAACAAA